GCGGAUCAUCAUUGAGUAACGCUUCACAAGUGCGGCAUUUUCGUUCGACCCGGUAGCGAGUUCGAGUUAUUCUUGAUAAUUUUAUUGUACGAUCAACGGUUCGCGCCCGCGGUGCUUCUUAAUGAACGACGCCCAUUCUAGUUAUUCGGUAGUGAAAACUGUGGGUCGGAAGGGGAAAAUCUUCGCUACCGGUUGAAAGUUUAAUUAUUAUUGUUCGACCGGCGAUAGUGUGUUUACUUGCUGAUAUAUCGGUGCUUAGGCGGUUCCUGAAGAUCAUCAAGCGAUCGCAGGCCCCGGGAUCCUCGUUUUUUAUACUUUAUGUGUUCUGGUCGUGCGCCAUGGACACGACCACCGAUCUCGGGCUUGAGGUGUGAAAAUUCCCUGUGAAAGUGCGAGACAAUUAGGUGUUGAUCACUGGUAGCCGUGAAAAAAGUGCUUCUCACUAGCAGGGCCCUGUAGCUGUCCAAUGAUUCGUCGCAACCGGGCCAACCCAAAUGGUUUGUUUGGGUGCUUUCGAGCCGUGUAUCAUAGCAAAUAGUGUUGGAGGUUUUCAUCGGUGCAUGAAAAUAAUCGUUUUGAUAACAAAAAUAUAGCACACCAAGUGUCAACGGAAAUUGUGCUGAAAAGUGUUAGGUGGUGCGAAUAUGAGUGACAUGAUUGUCGAUUGAUUUAUAUCCUUCCAUCGUGUUUGUCAGUCUCCGGAAGUGUUCGACUAUUGAAGCGCCACUUGCUAGUUACUAAAAAUGCAUCACUUGGAUUUUGGCAGUGUACGACAUUCCGAUGGGGGCGGUGGAACCAGCAGCGUCCAUGGCGGUCCCAAUAUGGGUAUCGUAUCGUCGUAUGACACGCUGCACGGUGUGGUCACCAGUUCCGCCGCAGAGAUGGUUGUUGACUUCCAUCAUCACUACGUGCCGUCGGAGUACUGGAACGUGAUGCCGUACAAAAAUGGAUCCACGCCGAUGAAGGAAAUGGAAGCAAACUUGGCCAACCAACCCCGGUCUCCCCUACCUCGUGGUCAUACAGCCUGUUUACAAAACGCCAACAAAGCCCAGUACAACCCCCUAGAGCAGGUCGAACAGCUCAGUAUCAAUUGUGAUAGUGAAAACCAACAUAGCGGUAGCAUUGUAGCUAGCAGUAAUAACAAUAACAACACGUUAAGUAGUAAUAAGAAUUUUAGCACCGAUGUCGAUAGCAGCCCCGUCAGCAAAUCCAACUCCAGUAUAAGCGGUGGUGGCGAUGGCAGCAGCGGAGGGGGCACCACAAGUAGUGGAGGAAGUGAUCGUGCAAGCCCCAGCUGCAUCCCCAACAGUAAUACAAGCGUCGGCGGCGGCAAGUCGCUCUCAAGCGCCAGCAAAAAAUCAAACAGCAUCGAUAGCACGGAAAAGCCUUAUCACCCAUCGUUGGCCUCCGUCAUGGUGAUGCUCGAGGGUAAGCAUCUCUGGGACAAAUUCCACGAGCAGGGUACGGAGAUGAUUGUCACCAAGGCCGGACGGCGAAUGUUUCCCACCUUCCAGGUGAAGGUGGUCGGACUGGAGCUGACCGCCGAGUAUCUGAUGAUAAUGGACUUCGUACCGUUGGACGAUAAGCGGUAUCGAUAUGCCUUCCACACAUCCAGCUGGGUGGUGGCUGGGAAAGCGGAUCCGAUAUCCCCUCCCCGAAUAAGCGUCCAUCAAGACUCACCCGCAACCGGUGCCACGUGGAUGAAGCAAACGAUUUCUUUCGACAAGCUGAAACUGACCAACAAUCAGUUAGACGAUAACGGACACAUCAUCCUCAACUCAAUGCAUCGGUAUCAGCCGCGCCUUCAUGUCUGCCACUUUUCCCGAACAAGCACCAGCAACAAUAACAACAACCACAACCACCACCACCACCGGGGACCAAUCAAAACCGAGAAGGACAUGCUGUCGUAUCGAACAUUCGUAUUUCCGGAAACAUCGUUUACCGCAGUCACGGCCUACCAGAAUCAACGAGUUACCCAACUGAAAAUUGUGAGCAACCCAUUCGCCAAAGGCUUCCGAGACAAUGAAACCAAUGAAGAUUCUCAGGAAAGAAUCUCUUCAAUGAACGAUCGGAUGAAAAGUGAACGUGGAGGCAACUACAAAAAAGAUGCCGAAACAACAAACUCGGCAUCGAUGACGCCGACAUCGUCAGUGUUGACAGGUCAGUCGCUUUCCCCCGGAUCCGCCGGUAGCACAGGAGGGACUCCAACCGCAAACAGUUCUGGUGGUUCCAGUGGCCUCGGCGUUUCCAGUGCCUUCCAAUCAUCGCUGGUUAGCUCUGCGUCGACAGUUGCCGGCCUCUCGCCGUAUGCCAUCAGCCCCCACAGUAAUCCAACCAUGCUGGCGCAACCGUACGGUACCGAAUCAAGCGGCUUCGGACCCAUCUAUCAUCACCAUCACCAUCAUCAUCACGGCCAUAAUCCACUGUCGACACAUCACGGAUCGUACGUGAGCUCAUUCGACAAGUACGACAAGUACAAAAUGGCUCCGCCGACGCCACCGCAUCAUUCGAGCCAUGCGAAUGCGGCGAGCGGUUAUACUGGUCACUAUCAAGGGUUCUACGGCACUACAACCGGAGGUCAUCACCAACUUAUGAGACAAAACAACGGUUGCAUAGACUAUGUUCAAAGAUGAAGCUUAAUGCGCAUAUCGUGAAACCAGUAUCGAUUGUAAAUAGUUCCGCCCAAAAUACUAAGGUGAUGUAUUCAGUGUGUUUUAGUAUGUAACAGUUAAUUGUUUCAGUGGAUUAAUUUUACCAAAGAUCUGAACCAAAGUGCCAUAGGGUGUAUGAAGUCGUGUAACUUAUUGCCUUAGUCUAAUAUCUGUAUCAAUAUAUCUGAUUUGAAAAUCA